GUGAACCUCACCCCUUUACCAUCUCUGACCCAGGACCAGGCACCUUUUCUUUCUCCGACUAACACACAAACACACCAAGGUAAAAAUGUCUGCAGACUACAAUGGUCGCUGGGAGAUGAUCAAGAAUGACAACUUUGAAGAUGUGAUGAAGGCCAUUGACAUCGACUUUGCUACACGUAAGAUUGCAGCUCACCUCACUCAGACCAAAGUCAUUGUCCAGAACGGAGACCGCUUCGAGACCCAAACCCUCAGCACCUUCCGCAACUACGAUGUCAACUUCACCAUUGGAGAGGAGUUUGAGGAACAGACUAAAGGGCUGGACAACAGGAAAGUCAUGACAACGGUGACGCGGGAUGGGGAUAAACUGGUGUGUGUGCAGAAGGGGGAGAAGGCCAAUCGUGGCUGGACGCACUGGAUUGAGGGAGACCUGCUUUAUCUGGACAUCACAGCGGAGGAUAAGGUGUGUCACCAGGUGUUCAAGAAGAAACAGUGAUACCUAGGCCCCGUCCCAUCUAAUCCAGCUCUGUUGAUGAUCCAACCUGUGAAGAACUAGUGCUACCUAGGCCCCGUCCCAUCUAAUCCAGCUCUGUUGAUGAUCCAACCUGUGAAGAACUAGUGCUACCUAGGCCGCGUCCCAUCUAAUCCAGCUCUGUUGAUGAUACAACCUGUGAAGAACUAGUGCUACCUAGGCCCCGUCCCAUCUAAUCCAGAUCUGUUGAUGAUCCAACCUGUGAAGAACUAGUGUUACCUAGGCCCCGUCCCAUCUAAUCCAGCUCUGUUGAUGAUACAACCGGUUGCAUAUUCAUAACACAUUUCAAUAAAUUGAGUUUGAUCCUC